AUGAUCACCCGUGGAAUGAGCGAAAAAGAAAAAUGGCUGCCGAAAAUGGACAUUGAUCUGGACAGAACAAGAUCUUCAGAUCGACGCGAUUCAGAUGAAGAAGAUAUGGAUAGUGAAGAUAUGAUGUCGCCAUCUUCACCGCCGGAUAGUUUUACAACAACAAUUAGUGAUAGAAGUUAUUCUUCGGAUAGCGACGAUCAAGAAAGAUCAGGUAUUCAAUAUUGUUUUGUGAUUUUUUAGAGGGCGUGUGCAGUUUCUUUCACUAUAAGAUUUCGGAAUCUUGUUUUUUCAUAUGAAAAAAAUUAGCUGACAAAUUUUAUUCGAGAUUUCAACUUUGAGUUGAAAUUGUUUCGAUAAUCUCUCGGAAAACGAUUCAAUUCUUUUUCUCUUAGAAAAUAAGGAUAAGGUUUGAAAAUAUAUCCAUUCUGCCUCUUAAACUUGAACAGGGCACUGUUCUUAGGCACUCCAUUUAAGCUCAGAAAUUAAAAAAAAACUUGAUUUUGAAAAAAAAUGGAAUUUGAAGCGAGUCCUGAACUGAGAAUUCAGAAAUAUUUUCUCUGAAAAGGUUUUUUGUUGAAAAAUUUUCUACGUCAUAACAUUUUUUGAAACUUAAUAUUACCAAAAUUGUUAUUUUUUGAAUCCAGAUCCUUUGUUCUUUGAGAAAAGAAAAAAAACAAUUGGAUACAAAUUUCCUAAAAUCUUCUUUCAAUCGAAGAUGAUUUUCUGCGAUGUCUGCGGAAAAAUCCAUAAACUUGAACGGAAACUGUAUAUAUUUGGAAAAAAUAUAUUUGUUUAUUUGUUCUCGAAGUUUUUAUCAUUUUUUUUCCUGUAGUUUUGGUUUUUUAAUCAAAAUAUAACGUGGAAAAAACAACCAACAAAUAUUAUUGUUUACAAGUUCAAUUGAGGUAAAUAAUAUUUAUAUACAAAAAUAAUAUUAGUCAAGGUAAACUUUAAUUAAUAAAAUAUUAGAGACAACCCCUUUUUGAAUUAUUGGUGGCUUGUUGGACGGACAGAGAGUGGACGGUGGACGGACUCGAUUGUUCCGGAUUUUUGUGUGUAUUUUUGUGUCUGCGUUUCCGCGCAGCAGUGGUCGCCGCGCGCGCCGACGCAUUCACUUUCUUCUUUUUUCUCCUCGUUUUCUUCUUCUUCUUUUCGAUUCGCUUGUGGCUGGCUGUUUCUGCUGCUAUUUUCUAAAUUUUUCCCUUCUCAUUUUUUGGUGGGAACUAUGGAGAAUGAAAUUUCGAAACGACUAAAACGGUUGCGACCGAGUCGCACAGCAACAAUGGAUGAAUUUAAAAGAGCUAGAAGAAGUUCAACACCACCAAAUACUCCAUCUUUACCUAAUUUUCGACAAACUGCACCGCUUGUGCAAAUUUCACCUGAAUUAUUAGCUCGAUUUCCUAAUGAUGUUCAUAAUGUGAUAAGUGGUCAACAAUUUAUUCAUGUUCUACAGUAUGCUGCUUCAAAUGCUAUGAAUGAACAUCAGUUUGUUCAUAACGUUUAUGCCCAACUUAUCCAACAAUAUUCGAAUUCUGGUGUGUUUUUUAGUUUUACUUUAUUAUUCAAUUAAGAUUUCUUGUAAUUUGACUCAGCGAAUAUUGGAAAAUAUUUGGAAUACAUUUUCCUUUUCCACUGGUAUUUUUUGAGCCUGUCAUAGUUUACCAGAAAAAACCUUACGAUCUAUUGAUAUUAUUUUAUUUAAAUUGUCUCGUUUACACCGAAGUAAUUCUCGAGGUUCUGGUGAAUAUUUGUAUUAUUAUCGUCUAUUUGUAUGUAUGUGUAAUAAUGAUUACAAGUAUAUAUUUUUCUAUUGUUUUACGAUAUCAAUUCGAAACUGACAAAUUUGUUGGUCUCUUAUUGUCUGUAUGACAAUGAUCUAUCUAAUGAAUCAAUGGCACGCACCUGUUAUAUUGCAAUAAAAAAAUCCGGAAAGUUGUGCCGAGCAAAAACAAAUGUUUGUUUUUCCGGCUGCGCGCGGGUGCGACCGACCGGACACUGUUUUUGUGGCCUUGUGUGAAAAAAUGUGUAUUUGGCAGAGCAAACAUAUAUUGAAUUUCGAAUUUUUCCCAAAAAUUUUUGGCGCAUCGAAAAAUUGAAAAACCUGAUGAUGCAAAAAAUGUUUUUUUCUAAAAGUUCAAAAUAUCGAAAGAAUGCAAAAAACAUCCACAGUUUAGAAAAAAACUUUUUCUAAUCAAUAGUGCACUUUUUAUUUACUCAAAUACUUGACUACUUACUAGGAAAUUCUUACGUAAAAUAAUGCACAAAAUAAAACAAUUGUAAAUUUCAUGAAAUAUUUAAUUAUUCUUUUUUUUAGUAUCGCCUUCAUCUGAAGCAUGUUCAUCUAGUGGUUCAACAUCGACGUGUCCGCUAACAAGUCGAACUGGCGGACAAUCAGCAGGUUCUGGAACUGGAGGAGUUGUAUCUGUUUUAAGACCAUCAAUUGGUGGUUCAGGAACAACACAUCGAGAAAGAAAAUCAGCCGCAGGAAGAUCAGCGGCUGGUAGUGGCCAACAGGCAAUGAGAAGUUUAUCGCCAGCCCAUCCAAGUGCUGUCGUAAGUUUUUUCUUAAUUUUUAUUAUACUAGGAAGAAUAUUUCAUAAUUUUAUGCGAAAAACAGUUUUAUCGAAUUAUCGAUUAUUGUUUUUCUCAUUCAUCGCAGAAAGAAAGUCUAAAGUUUUUUUUUGAAAAUGGAAAAAUAUUUGUCAAACGAACACACUUUUGAUAAAAAGUGCGUUUCUCUUGAUAUUCGUUUCUAUUUUCAAACGUUACGAAUUGUUAUUGUUAAUAAAAAAAAAUAAAAAUUGUUUCUAUUUUGAAGGUGAGCGGAAUGGAUGAUUUUCUUCGACCUGAACGAUUUGAUCGAUUAUUGAGAAUGACUGCACCAGAAAGACAUGUACAAGAAAUGCAUUCUUGGAAUCCUGAAGAUCGAAGUUUGAAUAUAUUUGUUAAAGAUGAGGAUAAAUUCACUUUUCAUCGACAUCCGGUGGCUCAAAGUACAGAUUGUAUACGUGGAAAGGUUUGUUGAUUUUUUAUUUAACUUUGAAAACUAUUUCUGUUAAUCUGUAUAGAAAGAAAAAAGAAAACACCUUUUCACGUGAUUAUCAAACGUGGCAAUUUAAAAAAUUAUUUUCUGAAAAUAUGUGAUUCUUAUUUCAUUUCCAAUUUCACGUCUCUUGGUCAGAAUCUUAUUUUCCUAAAGUCGCAAUUUUGCACUGUUUUCUUGUUUGAAAAUUAAAAAUUUCUAACAAUUAAAACAUUUAUGAAUUCGAAAAAACCAUCAAAAAGUCCUCAGCUGAGAUAGAAAAAUGGAGUUUAUAUAUUUAAAUUAUAUUUUUCUGGGGUGAUCCAGGGUAAAACAGGUUAACCCAAUGAAUUUAUUCCUAAUUUUUCAGAUUGGAUAUAGUCGAGGUUUUCAUGUUUGGCAAAUUGAAUGGCCCGAAAGACAACGUGGAACACACGCUGUUGUUGGAGUUGCAACAAAAAAUGCUCCACUUCAUGCUGUUGGAUAUACCGCUUUAAUUGGAACAACAAAUGAAAGCUAUGGAUGGGAUAUUAGUGAGUUUUCCUGUUUCUGAAUUUUUGUUUUCAAUUUCAUGGUUUUAAUUUUAGCUCGACGAGAAUGUCAUCAUGAUUCGAAACAUACAAUGACUUGGCGAUAUCCAUCAAAUGUUAGAGAUAUGUAUCAUGUUCCAGAUAAGGUAAAUUCAGCUAUUUUUUUUCGAAAAAUAUUCCCAUGUUUUCAGUUUUAUUGUAUAUUGGAUAUGGAUGAGGGAUAUAUGGCAUUUGCAACAGAUGAAGAAUUCCUUGGUGUUGCAUUCCGUAAUCUCAAAGGAAAAACUCUUUAUCCAAUUGUGGCGGCUGUUUGGGGACAUUGCGAAAUUAGUAUGCGAUAUUUAGGAAACCUUGAACGUGAGGAUUUAUUAAUUUCAUUAUCCCCAACUAUUUCUUCUCCACCACCACAUUCACUUUCAAAUUCACCAUUAGCAGUUGCACGUUGUUCUUGUUCUUCUAGUUCUUCAAUUUCACAUGCACCAUAUCCUUCUAGAUCUUAUUCAUCGCCUCCAACACAAAAACAUCAAAAAAGAGAGCCGCCCGCUAAGCUUUUUCAUUCACCAGUUUAUAAGUUGAAAAACGAGGAGAGUUUCUCUCCGAUUUCUGAUCUUGCCAAAAUUUUCUCAUUUUAUGAUUUGGGUGGCGGUGGUUCGAGUUCUUCUUCAAGUUAUUCACUUUUUGAAGCGCCGCCUGAAUGGCAGCAAUUCGAAAAAGAAGAAGAAUUCAAAAAAGUUGGAUAUAUUCCGGCUCCACCUGGAUCAAUGAAAAAACAGCGAAAAGAAAUGUUUAAACCGCUUGUUUUGAAUGAGGAAGAGGUUUUGAUUGUUGUGAAAAAUGAGUCUGAUGAAAAAGAGGAUGGUACGAAAAAACAGGAUUUGUUGCUUAUGCUUUAGCCUUAAAGUUGUGAUAUUUUAAAAUUUUUAGUUGUAAACAUCUGCACGGUUUUUUGCAUGAUUUCAAAAAAAUGUCUUUCGUUUUUUUUUCAAAAUUCAUUCAAUCAGGAACCAAAUUUCAUUAUUCUUACGAAAUUUUUUGAUCAAUAUUCUAAACACUUCGAAUCUGAGAACUUCCACAAAAAAUCAUAUUAAAUAUUUUUGAAGCUUUUAUUUGUAGUGAAUUUGUUAACUUUAGCAUGUUUCAAGCACCACAAUUCACCAAUUCCCCUUCUCCCCUCAAAACCCCAAAAAAUCCAAUAAAAAGUGUUGUAAUUUCAGCUGAACCGCUUUCGUUAUCGGAAAUGUGUCGUCGAAGAGUUCGUAUUGAAUUGGGUUCAACAGCAGCCGAACAAGUUGAUUCUUUGACAAUUCCACCAAUUUUGAAAAAGUAUCUACUUUAUCAAUGCUAA